AUGGAUUCUGGAACUCUCACAGCUGCUAGUGCAGGUGCGAUUAUCAGCCGGCUUAUUUGCCAUCCAAUUGAUACAAUAACAGUACACAAACAGACAAUUGGGCAUUUCUCUUUUAAAACGAUGCCAUUGAAGGCAUAUUACAAGGGACUUCCAGCUUCACUAGCUUUGGUAACACCCGCAACGUGUAUUUACCUAUCGACAUACUGCUACACAAAGGAGAAGCUUCUCAAAAAGAAGAUCCAUGGGACGUUACUAUAUUCGCUCUGUGGAAUAAGUGCAGAAGUAAUCAGCAGUGUUAUGUGGACUCCGCUAGAAGUUGUCAAAGCACGGACACAGAUUGCGGCGUCUGGUUCAGGUGUGUUAAGAGUUGUCAGAGACCUCUAUAAAACAGAGGGACUACGUGGAUUUUACCGAGGAUAUUGGAUGGGAAUUGCAAUAUAUCUCCCGACCACAGUUAGCUGGUGGGUCGUAUAUGAACACAGCAAGUCGUAUUUAAUGAACUUGACCCACUGGGAUGUAUCGGUUGUCGCACCAAUAUGUUCAGCAUUAGGAACAGUAGUGGCUACCGUCAUUUCAACACCGUUAGACAUUGUCAAAACGAACUUUCAAGUUGCUACUACCUCUGCGAUGAAAGCACAGGCAAAUUCGCCUGCGCUAGUUCAACCAGCCCUAACCAUUCGAAGCAUUGCAAGUUCCAUUCUUAAAAAAUACGGACUACGGGGUUUCGUACGCGGUUUGCUUACACGAAUGUGCUAUGUGAUGCCUUCUGGAAUGAUUUCUAUGUCCAUUUUUGAGUCUUUGAAACCGGACAUCCAGCUCGUCUAG